AUUAACAAAUUUUAAUCUAAUUUUCUAUCAUGGAGUAGUAGUGAUUUGAUUGCACUUGUAGUGAAACAAAGUGUAGCCUGCGCUCCUUUUCUGCCUCGAUUGUGAUCAUCCCACUACUUCAUCUCCGUUUGCCCGCCGCGCUCCAAAUCACUAAACCAUGGAAGAAGACAUGUCCAGUUCGCUUAGGCGGAUGUCGAUGAGAACUCGUAAGGUUGCUCCAAAAAUGGCUGCAGCCCUUGCCAGCAGUGACAAUCGGACUCAGGCAAUGCUUGCACGUCUUGAAGCUCUGGAAAAUGAUAAUGCUGGAUUCGAGACUGUGCAAGUUGAUGAUGAUGACGAAGCCUCACUUGAUGAUGAUGAUCAAGCAUAUCAGAAGAAGCAAUCCAGAAGCACAAAACGGAAAACACGUCAAGCUAAAGCACUCGAAAAUGCUAAGAAGGCACCAAGAACAUUCAUUGAGCUCUUGCAAGAGGCCAACUUGGAAUCGUUGCCUCCCCAUGUACCUUCGUAUCUGAGAGCAGCUGUGGGACCUCCAAGCUCCACCGCGCGUCGCCAUUUCUGCACAGUGUGUGGGUUUUCCGCAAACUAUACAUGCCUCCAGUGUGGGAUGCGGUUCUGCACGAUCAAGUGCCAGAAUAUCCACAACGAUACUCGUUGUUUGAAGUUUGUUGCUUGAGUGGUGAAGGGCUUCACAGGGUUAUUAGAGAUCUAUUUCAACUAUUAGUAAGAAACAUUUCUCAUUUGCACUGUGUAAGAAAGUGAGGGGCAAAGCAUAGCACUGAAUUCUAAUGUUAGAAUUGUGAAAGUUACGCAUUACUGCGAUUCCUUUGAGAUAUAUAUUCGAUUAUUUACAUGUCAAAA